CGUCACUAUAACAACAACCUGUCAUGACUGCCCGUACGGGUGGGAAAUCAAUAGAUUAAGACUUUAAAACAAAAUAAACAAUAUCACAGUCACCUGAAUGUGGGGGUCUUCGUUAAAGGUACACUGCAGUGAAGUGUCCCUGCUGUCCGUCAGUGUGAGCGACCCAGGACGGACGGGACAUUCUGAAACCUGACAUCCAGCCAGCCGGAGAGACGGGGAACAGGAUUGGGAAGCAGGGCGAGGCGGAGCCGGUGGAGAAGAUGGCCGGCAGCCCGGAGAAGAGUUCCACCGCACAGGAGCUGAAGGAGCAGGGGAACCGGCUGUUCCUCUGCCGCAAGUACCAGGAGGCCGCUACCUGCUACAGCAAAGCCAUUAACCGAAAUCCAUCAGUGGCAGUUUACUACACCAACAGGGCGCUCUGCCACGUCAAGCUGCAGCAGUAUGACAAGGCUUUAGCAGACUGUAAGCAUGCUCUGGAGCUGGACAGUCAGUCAGUCAAGGCCCACUUUUUCCUGGGCCAGUGUCACCUGGAGCUGGAGAACUAUGACGAGGCCAUCGGCAACCUGCAGAAAGCUUAUAACCUGGCAAAAGAGCAAAGGCUGAAUUUUGGAGAUGACAUACCCAGCGCGUUGCGCAUUGCCAAGAAGAAACGUUGGAACAGCAUCGAGGAGAAGCGCAUCAACCAGGAGAACGAGCUGCACGCCUAUCUCACCAAACUCAUACUGGCUGAGAAGGAAAGAGAACUUGAAGAAUACAGAGAAAAACAAGAUGACAAUCAAAAUGGAGGAGAUGCUGCAAAGAUUGCGUCAAAACAUGACAAGUAUCUAAUGGACAUGGAUGAGCUGUUCUCCCAAGUGGAUGAAAAGAGAAAAAAGCGUGAGAUCCCAGAUUAUCUAUGUGGGAAAAUCAGUUUUGAGUUGAUGAGGGAGCCCUGCAUCACACCCAGCGGAAUCACCUACGACCGCAAGGACAUCGAAGAGCACCUACAGCGAGUGGGUCACUUCGACCCAGUCACCCGGAGCCCCCUGACCCAGGAUCAGCUGAUCCCCAACCUUGCGAUGAAGGAAGUGAUCGAUGCCUUUAUUCAGGAGAACGGCUGGGUGGAGGACUACUGACGAGACAUGCUUCCUUCCUCAUUCCGCUAACACAGGACCUGGACAAGAGGAAAGAGAACAGAUCACCCAUUUUGCCUGGAUUUGAAUUUUUACACGAGCCACACAGACGGACUACCAAACGGGAACCAAGUGUCUCAACCUGCCUCUUCCUGAUGGUUUGACUUCUUCAUCACUCGCUCCAACUCUCAGAGGCUCAGCGUUCGUGGCCUGCUGCUCCCUUUAAGACUGUGUUCGCUCUACUCUUUCUGGCCGUUCUCUUCUCUGGUUUUGUUCAUUCAAGCCUGAAUCGUUCCGUGCUCGUAGAGGAGGCCUCGUCCUCAGGUCUCUGAUGCACUCUGCCUGCUUUCUCUGUGUCUCUCACGCUUUGAGGGCCACAGUUCUUGGACAUUAGCAUCACACUCCAGUGUUUCACAUAUACCAACAAUAUAUAUAUUUAUACACGCACACACAUAUGUGUAUAUAUAUAUA